UCACAAACUAAGGGAACAUUGGAAAACCUGAUAUUGACACCAGAUUACAGGGCGAAAUGGCUGCGGAAAGUACCAAUCUUACAACGAUGUUCCAGAGAAAACCUGACCAAGAUCCGAUUCCAGAACGCGAGGGAGUAAAGUCGGGAACAUGUGUUACAAUCACACCACGGAAAAAUCCGAAAACUGAUCCCAGGAAGCCAAAUAGACCAUGCGCUCGCAGCGGCCAUGCAGCCGUCGCUGAUGGCAACAACCUCUACAUCUUUGGGGGCUACAACCCUGAUCUAGAAACACUACAGGAUUACUUUGGUCGCAACGAGGAACUGCUGCUUUUCCCGUUAUUUCAGGAGAUCUGGCGGUACAACUUUGACACCAGUAUGUGGAAGCGGAUGCCGACGCGAGGACGUAUGCCCAUGCAACUGGCGUCCAUGUCCAUGCUGCUCUUCAGCGACCACAUACUCAUAUACGGCGGCACGGGUUUCCCGUUUGGGCCGACUACCAGCAAUGACAUCUGGUACCUGAACCUCAAGAACAAAAAAUGGAAGGCGCUCAAGGCCAGCGACGGGAACACCACGCAACCGGUGCCCGGCUAUGGACAGGCCAUAGUCAUCAUAGACAAGCAUCUAUACGUCUACGGCGGCACAACGGGCUGGGAGUACACCUCGGACGUCCACCGCUGUGACCUGACCAGCGGGGAGUGGGACCGCCUCUUUAGUCUCGAGGAGCUCUUCACCGCGAAGGUCCGGAGGAACCAAACGGAGCCCAUGCCCCACAUCCCUAAACCCAGAUACAGACAUGAGAUACUGACGGACAGGAAGAGGCUGUAUGUUAUUGGCGGCGGUACGUCGACUGAGGCGUACCCUCUAGACAAGAUCCACGCCUUCAAUUUGGAGACGAAGGAAUGGGAAUUGAUGGUUAGUCUGGAAGAUCCUCAACACGGCUACCCGGAAAACAGACGGUGUCAUGGAUGCGCACAGCUGGGUAAUGAGGGUUAUGUAACUGGUGGCUACAGCGGCAAGGACAUUUUUGAUGAUAUCUGGCGGCUGGAGUUGGCGACGUUACAGUGGACAAGAUUAGAGGCCAGACUACCGCAACCUGUGUACUUCCAUUCAUCAGCUAUAACACCGACUGGGUGCCUGUACUGCCACGGAGGUGUCAUAAGUCCCUCGGGGGAUGAGCGUUCGGACUCGCUGACUAGAAUCUGGCUGAAGACACCCAGUCUCCUGACAAUAUGCUGGGAACGGAUCCUCUCCUUGAUCCCAGACCUCCACGCCACACCGGAAUGUGAACUGCUUGAGUUGGGCAUCCCUAAGCAUCUCCUAGACAGAGUGGCAUAGAACUUCUUUGAAAUGGAACAGUCCUGUAUUCGGCCAUUAGCCCCACCCACUUUGAUUAUGAUGUUUGAUGGAGCUACCAUGGUCACCCGACCAAAAGUCACGAUCUGAUUGGUCAAUGCGCACUGUUUGAUUGACAGUCAGGAAGGAUCCAUUGCUUUAUGGGUAGCGGAUCAUAUUGGUGGUUUUUUUUACCCUAACCUUAUCAUCCUAGAUCCUUCAUAAUUCCAAUUGGAGGUUUUGGAAGAUUUUGAAGGAUUGAGAAAGGUAGACGCCAGCCUCUUUGACUUGACAUGGAGCUAGAUACCCUUGGAAAGUUUAAGCACAAAUAGUUUCCCUGCAAAGUGGAUAUUGCAGGAUUCAGGAACUUGUGGCAAAAAUGCAGAGGGAGUUAGGGUCAAGAAUCAAGUUUUCACUUUUUGGAAGCAGAAUCAAUGUGGAGACUUUGGAAGCAUAAUCAGUGUGAAGACUUUACUGACUUUAAUCCUGGUCUCAAGACGAUACUAUCUGAUUUCUGUUGCACAUUUCAUUUAAGCACUACGACAAAGGUUGUAAUGUACUGCUAGUAUGCUGUUUGAUCACCCUUAUUGCAGUAAGACAUGUAAAGCCGGCCUCAGGUUGACCUGCGAUUUGCUUGAGCCGCGACAGAACGGUCGGCAUCAAGCACAAAAGUUAUGCUCGGGUCACAAAACUGAGAAAUCGUGUGAUUAUCGUGGAACAAGUUGCACCUCAACACAGUAUAAUCGCAACCGUGCUCAUGUCGCCCACGACACGUUGACGAUUCCACGGCAUAGACGUCAUCACACGACUUGUUCAAAAUGGCCCCACACACGUUGACGGUAGGUGUCAAGACAAACUGUGUAUCUAGCCCAGAUUUUUCUGCCCUCUGAUUGGGUACAUUGGUCAGCUGUUAUUGAUUCCUGCCUGUUGGGAACAUGUUCCGUCACGGCGCAGGAAUUGAAAAUUUUUCAAGUUUUGUGACCAUUGAUUAUUUUUAUGGCACCGACUGAUCCCGAUCGUCUGGUUAUUGUAGCAGUUACACUAAAGUCGCUAAAAUCGGCGACUGUAAUGUUUGCGAUGGUCGUUGCUCAGGUGCAACAAAGUCAGUCUUCUGUGCCGUCUUAAGGUCACCCAAGGGUGGCUUUACUCAGGAAUCAAACAAAGGUACAUUGGAAAUGAUUCUUAGCAAAAUAGAAAAUCGAGUGACAUUUAGCAGUACAGAGUAAUGCAGUCGAUUUUUUAGCAAUUCAGGUAAACCACUCUUAGCUCAAAUUCUUAAGCUUGAACAAAUUUAUGUCAUGUAAAAACAACUUCAAGAAUAUUCUUCCCCCUCGCUAUUUACCCAGCUUUGCUCUUUUUCCUCUGCUUAUUUUGACUGGUAAAACACACAAUUUUGUAAAUAAGGACUUUUUGUCUGAAUUUAUUGUACAGAGGCAACAAAAUGUAAUUUACUAAUAGAUUGGUCAGAUUUCGGUGCAGCACUCUCUGGAUGUAAACAAAUUAUUUUCUCUUCAAAAUUAAAAUGUUUUUGAGAGUUCUAGAGCAGUGAGCUUGAA